UAAAAGUCGAAGGUUGCCAAAAGCUUGCUCAUAUUAACCCAAUUUUUCGACUGUGUGACCUAAAUGGCUAGAUCAAAGCCGCAAACGUUGUUGUCGCCAGACAUGAAAGAGGCGUCUUUUUGUUGAUCCCGCUCUCAAACGUCAAACCAUGUUUCUUUAAAUUAAUUAUUAAAAUUCAUGGCGGCGCUAGCCCAACAAACCAAACCCAAUUUCUUGCUGUCGCGCUUUAAAGCCUUUCAGAAAUUUAAUCACAACACCUACUCUAAAGCCAAAUAUCGGGAACAGCACUCUGCUAAUAUGGGUUCUGGGUCUCUGGUUGAUACUGGUGAAAUUGACUUCUCUAAGUGGAGGAAGCUUUACUCAAGGGAAUUUGGGAUAAGUAAUUCCAUGAUACCAGCAUAUGCAUGGACUGUUCUGAAGGGUCUCCAAAGUGGAGGGUUUGAAGCUUACUUGGUUGGUGGAUGUGUCAGAGAUCUAAUUCUCAAUAAAAUACCAAAAGAUUUUGAUGUUAUCACAACUGCAAGGCUUCCGCAGAUAAAAAGGUGUUUUCAUCGUGCAAUAAUUGUUGGACGACGGUUUCCAAUAUGCAGAGUACAUAUCAAAGGUUCUAUUGUGGAGGUCUCAAGUUUUGAUACUAAGGCAAAACCAAUCGGAGAAAGUAAGAAACUUUCUAUUCCGAAAAUGCCAAAGAAAUUUCAUCAGAAAGAUUUCAUUCUCUGGAAGGAUUCCAUGCACCGAGAUUUCACUGUUAACAGUUUGUUUUUUGAUCCGUCCGUGAAUACAAUCUAUGAUUAUGCCAAUGCAAUAGUGGACUUGAAAUCUUUACAGUUAAGGACUUUAGUACCAGCACACUUGUCAUUUGAAGAGGAUUGUGCAAGGAUCUUGCGUGGCUUGAGACUGGCUGCUCGCCUCAAGUUGUCCUUUUCAAAGGAGAUUGAAAUUGCUAUGCACAAACUCUCACCGUCCAUAAUGAUAUUGAACAAGUCUAGACUAAUGAUGGAAGUCAACUAUAUGCUUUCGUAUGGAGCUGCAGAGCCUUCUCUUUCUUUACUUCAGAGAUACAACAUCCUUGGAAUGCUGCUACCAUUUCAUGCAGCACACCUUGCUCAACAGUCUAACAAACAGUUGAGUGAAAGUUCUGUUAUGCUGAUGAAACUGUUUUCCAGUUUGGAUCAACUAGUCACCUGUGAUCGACCUUCUCAUGAUAGUUUGUGGGUUGCACUCUUGGCGUUUCAUCUGGCACUAAUCAAUGAUCCUCAAGGGGCAUUUGUCGUCCUUACUUUUGCUUCUGUGUUGUACCAUGGGAAUUGGAAGGAAGGUGUUAAAUUUGCUAGAAGACAUUCUGAUGCUGCAUCUAUUUAUGUACCUGAAAUUUCAGAUUCCCAAGGCUCCAUAUCAGAUGAUGAGCUUGUGGAAAGAGUUACAGAGCUGGCAGUGCUAGUGCAAAAUUCUUUAGACAUUUUGACUGACAAGGACAGCCUCCAGGAAGCAAUGUCCAAGUUCCCAGGUUCCCCAUGCUCUGGUUUGGUGUUUGUAUCUAAGAACAUGAGGAAGGUCGUUGAAGUAAUUUUUGACGUUCUGAUAGAAGAUGUUAGAUCUCUCAAAACCAUGAGGAAUAGUUUUGAGAUAGAUUAUACUCUGCUUGGGAAAGGACAAACGCAUGAGACAAGGUUCGUUCUCGGUAAAGUCAUCCUUGAUACGAUAGCUCCUGGGGUCGUUCCAGUCAGUGAAGUGAUCAAACACACCCUGGUUAAAGUGGAUGCUCAAUGGAGUAAAAAUGCUCCAAAGGAGAAUAUGGGUGGAAAUGUGAAGUUCAAGAAAAGGAAGUUCACGUCUGAAGAUGAUCAUCAUCCCAAUGCAAGUUCUGAAAUUAAACAUAAUAGAGAUGAGAAGCAGAACACGGUUAUUGCCAAGCAAUCCAAGGAGAAGCGUAUUGAGAAGCAUGAUAAUGAAUCUGUGAGUCAGAAACUGGAUAACGGGGAUGCAGUAACUAAGAAAAAAAGUAAGGGCGAGCAGAGUGAAUUGCCACAGAAUGGAACAAGAAUGGUGCUUGAUGGAGUGAGGCAUCCAGUGCCGUCUCACAAAAAAGAGCAAAAGGGAGGCGAUGAAUAUCAGCAGACUUCUGCAAACCAUUUGAAACUUGUACACAAUGUUGUCAAUGGUGCAACUACCAAGCAGCACAAGGUGAAAGAGAAGCGUAUUGAGAAGCAUGAUAAUGAAUCUGUGAGUCCGAAACUGGAUAACGGGGAUGCAGUAACUAAGAAAAAAAGUAAGGGCGAGCAGAGUGAAUUGCCACAGAAUGGAACAAGAAUGGUGCUUGAAGGAGUGAGGCAUCCAGUGCCGUCUCACAACAAAGAGCAAAAGGGAGGCGAUAAAUAUCAGCAGACUUCUGCAAAUCAUUUGAAACUUAUACACAAUGUUGUCAAUGUUGCAACUACCAAGCAGCACAAGGUGAAAGAGAAGCGUGAUUCCCCACAAGAACAGAACGAAGAAAAGAUUGAGUCGUUACAUAGCAGAAAACUGGAUAUGAAGGGUGGUAAGUUGGCUUCGGAUGAGAAGAGUAAACCAAAAGCUGGAAAGCUAACACUUUCAGAUCUUUUCAGGAGGUGAGUUUAAACUGUAUCUUGUAAAAUCAUAUCCUCUUCAAAAGAGGAGCAAGAGCUGUGUCUUACCUUGUUUACCCCCCCUUUUUUUUUUACCAUAGGAGUGUCUAGAUCUCAUGUACAUGGCAAUAGAAUGAGCCGUAAUUGCCAUUUUUUUACUGUGACAUGGUAAUUAGUUAUUAUUAUUACAUAUCAAUUGGGUGGCUUCGAUUUUAGUGGUAGUUUCAUUUUCAUGUUUGAAGUACUCUUCUCUUAUCUUCUUGUCAUUCAUUUCA